UUUCUCCUUCACUUUUGAAAAGUUUGAUGUUUAUUUACAAUACUCUUUAACAGUCUUGAUCGUAGUUAAGUUGAUCAAUUUCGAUCACUUUUUUUCCUUCUUCCUUCCUUUCUCCUCUCCAUUUUUCCCUUUCAACUUUCUACCAAAUUUAUUGAUUGGGAAUCAUGUCUCUUGAAAACGAUAAAAACAGUGUCACCUUGUGCUCAUACCAACGGGUAAAUGAAAAAAAUGUUAUUGGAGGAGGAGGAGGUUUUGUUAGUGAAACACCGGCAGUGAAAGUUUGUAAAGUUCGUCUUUCAUAUGGUCGAGGUAAAAAUGCUAAACAAAUUUUAUCCAACAUUGAUUUGACUGUGCCAGAAGCUUCUAUUUAUGGUCUUUUGGGACCAAGUGGAUGUGGUAAAACCACAUUGCUUCGAUGUGUUGUUGGUCGACUUUCACCUUCCUCUGGUUCCAUUAGGAUAUUUGGUUUUCGCCCUGGUCAACCAGGUAGUCAAAUACCUGGACCAGCAGUUGGAUAUAUGCCUCAAGAAAUUGCUGUUUACGAGGAUUUCACUAUUGAGGAGACACUUAUUUAUUUUGGUCGACUUUUUCGUUUGAGCAGUCAUGUUCUUCGUGAAAGAAUAGAGUUUUUAAUUAAAUUCCUUGAUUUGCCUAGUAAAUCUCGCUUAGUUGCCAAUCUUAGUGGAGGUCAGAAGAGACGUGUUUCUCUGGCCGCUGCUCUAGUUCACAGCCCACCUCUCUUGAUCUUGGAUGAACCUACAGUUGGUGUAGAUCCACUUCUUCGCCAAUCAAUAUGGCAACAUCUAGUUACAUUAACUCAAGUGGAGAGAAUCACCAUAAUUAUAACUACCCAUUAUAUCGAGGAAGCUCGCCAAGCUCAUGUUGUUGGAUUAAUGAGACAUGGGCAUCUUUUGGCCGAAGACUCGCCGGAAUCAUUGUUAAGACAUUACCAAAUGGAAACUCUAGAGGAAGUUUUCUUGAAACUAUGCAUGGCUGAUGCUACUAAUCGUGAAGUUACUACCUCAAACCUCUCAGUUCCACCAACCACGGAGUUAGUUCAAUCAACCAAAAAGGAUACAAAGUUACCUUCGGUGUUUUCAAUUUAUUCAAAUUAUUCUGAUUACAAUUUGAACCCCAAACCUGAAAUAAACAACUUACGCUCUUCCGGAGGCAAAAAAUAUGAAUCGAAACGUUUAACUUUUGGUGAAUAUUGGGCAACAACAAUGGCAUUAUUUUGGAAAAAUAUGACUCGACUUCGGCGUAAUAUUCCUGUCCUUUUGUUCCAAUUUGCUCUUCCUGCGAUUCAAGUGAUUCUGUUCUGUAUUUGUAUUGGUGCUGAUCCAUUUAACAUACCAUUGGCUGUAGUUAAUGAAGAUACUGGACAAAUAUAUUCACGUGAUUUCCUUAAAGAACUUGACCCUUACAUUGUUGAUCAACAUAACUUUACAUCAGUAGAUGAAGGUAAAGAAGCGGUUAGAAACGGGUCGAUGUGGGGUGUGCUACAUAUACCGGAAAGGUUUUCUCAAGCAUUAUUGGCUAGAAUGCUUCGAGGUGAGGAAGUGGACAACAAAACAAUUGAGGACAGUACAAUCAAGGUUUACCCUGAUUUAACAAAUCAACAAAUUUCAUAUACAAUGGAACGAACAUUCAAAGAGGCGUUUCAAGAAUUUGCCAAAAAAGCUUUGACUGCCGCAGGAAGGAAUCCUGCCUUAGCUGAAUUUCCACUUGCCCUCGGAGAACCUGUUUACGGUGAAUUAAAACAUCAAGGAUAUCUUGAAUACAUGGCACCAGGAGUUGUUGUUAGUAUAAGUUACAUUAUGGCUACAGGUUUGACCGCGCUUGCAUUCAUUUUGGAACGUCGAGAUGGACUUUUUGAAAGGUCAUUAGUUGCUGGAGUGGAUACUCUUCAAAUUUUAAUAGCACAUGCAUUGACUCAAAUUAUUGUCAUGGUUGUUCAAAUAAUGUUGGUCCUAGUAUUUACAUUCUUGGUAUUUGAUAUACCAUCGAGAGGACCGUUUGGAUGGGUUAUAGUAUUGUUAUUACUACAAGGAUGUACUGGUAUGGCCUUCGGUCUCGUUGUAUCUGCAACAUGUCACCAAGAAAAUACUGCAGUAAUGAUGAUUUUAGGAACAUUUUAUCCCAAUUUAAUUUUAUCUGGAAUCAUUUGGCCUUUAGAGGCUAUGCCAUAUUGGAUAAGAUGGUUUAGUUAUAUCCAACCUCAAACAUUACCAACAGAAACACUUCGUCACAUUUUAUCUCGAGGCUGGGGAAUAACUGAACCUGGAGUUUACAUUGGUUUCCUCGUUACUUGCUCAUGGAUGGCCUUUUUCUUAGUAGCUGCUGCAGUUAUCUUCAAGUACAACAAAUAAGUUACCAAUCAAUUUCAUCGCCGAUCAAUCAAUUCAUCAAUUAUACAUCAAUUGAAACCCGAAAUUCACAAGGCAAUUUUUCUAUCAACUUUUUUAUUCCUUAAUUUUUCAUGAAUGAAACUAGAAAACACAAAAGGCUCCAUAAAAAACGAAUCACUGACAAGAUGAUACGACUUUACAAUUGUAAAUAUACUGCGUUUACUUACUGUUUUGACAAACGACAUUCAUUUUUUUUCUUCCUACUCACUUCACUUCAUUAUCAUCUGCCAUUGAUUUGUUUUUUAUAUUUUUUUAUUUGUGAGAACGGACUUGAGUCCGAAUCAAGACUUGUCCAAUGAAAAUUGGAAUUAAAACUUUUAAAAAUGUGAUGCAAACAUCUUCCUCUUUUUUGAAUCUUAACCAAAUUGCAACGAUAGGCUUAAUUUCUUUAUAUUAUCGGGGUCGAACUUUAUUUGAAAAUUAUGCAUUGAUGUUGAUUGAAUCGAUUGAAUUGAUUAUAUGGCUACAUUCAACUGAAAAACGGCGUCACAUUUCAUCUCGAAAUUGAGGAAUAACUGAACUCGAGUUUACUCUGGUUUCCUUGUUACCUGUUCUGAAGGAUGAUUUUUUUGUUUAGUAGCUGUUGCAGUUAUCUUCAAAUUCAAUAGUGUGAAUAUUUAUUCAUCCAUUUUUCAUCCAUUCAUUCAUUCCAUUGUAAUUCAUAUCUCAUUUGAGACUCGCAAUUGUAAAUCCAAUCAUUAUCGAUGUCACCUUUUAUGUCAAGGCUGACUAUCUUUACUUCCUUCGACAAAUUGUAAAUUUUUGUGAAAAUAAAAAAGUUAAAGCAGCGCUUUUCUAUUCAAGA